AUGCCUCCUCCGCCGCAUCAAAAGCCCGAAAAUGUCCUCAAGCGCGCCCACGAGCUCAUCGGGGUCAACCAGGCCCCCGCGGCCUUGACCCUGCUCCAUGAGCACAUUACCAGCAAGCGCUCCCGAAAUGUCCCCAUCGCAUCCCUGGAACCUGUCAUGGUUCUGCUGGUCGAGUUGUCUGUCGAGCAGAAGAAGGGAAAGCUGGCCAAGGACGCCCUCUACCAGUACAAGAACAUUUCGCAAAACACAAACAUUGGAACCAUUGAGUUGGUUUUGAAACGCUUCAUCGAGCUUGCCGUCGAAAAGGUCACGGCCGCUCAGCAAAAAGCCGACGAGGUCCAGUCCACUAUCGAGGCCACCGCCGCCACGUCCAGCAUUGACGACUUGGAAGCCAGCGAGACUCCUGAGUCGAUUCUCCUCGCCACCGUCUCUGGCGAGCAGUCGCGUGAUCGCACCGACCGAGCCAUCGUCACCCCUUGGCUCAAGUUCCUCUGGGAGGCGUAUCGCACCGUCCUCGACAUCCUCCGCAACAAUGCGCGACUGGAGAUUCUCUACCAGAGCACGGCCAUGCAGGCCUUUGACUUCUGUCUCAAGUACACCAGGAAGACCGAGUUUCGAAGACUCUGCGAGCUGCUUCGCAACCACGUUCAGACCGCGGCCAAGUACUCUUCCCAGAUGCACGCCAUCAACCUGAGCGACCCGGAUACUCUCCAGCGUCACCUCGAGACCCGCUUCCAGCAGCUCAACGUCGCCGUGGAGCUUGAGCUGUGGCAGGAGGCCUUCCGCAGUGUCGAGGACAUCCAUACCCUACUCAACCUCAGCAAGCGGCCGCCAAAGAACAUCAUGAUGGCCAACUACUAUGAGAAGCUCACCCGCAUCUUCCUGGUUGGCGAGAACUAUCUCUUCCAUGCCGCCGCCUGGUCAAGAUACUACACGCUUCUCCGCCAGUCGGCCGCCCUCGUCGGCAGCGGGCAGGGAAAGAAGUCGGACAACCCACCUGCCUCGGAUGCAGAUCUCCAAAAGGCCGCAUCCUUCGUUCUCCUGUCUGCCCUCGCCAUCCCUGUCAUCAGCACAACCCGAUCUCGCGGUGCCAUGGUGGACUUUGACGAGGCCAAGAAGAACAAGAACUCCCGGCUCACUCACCUCUUGAGCAUGUCUCAGGCACCAACCCGCGCCCGGCUCUUCCGCGACGCCUUGUCCAAGUCUCUGCUCCAGCGCGCCCGCCCCGAGAUUCGAGAACUCUAUAACAUCCUCGAAGUCGACUUCCAUCCUCUGUCCAUUUGCAAGAAGAUCUCGCCCAUCUUGACAAAGAUUGGUGCCGACGCCGAGAUGGAGCGGUACAUUGUCCCUCUCCAGCAGGUCAUUCUCACGAGGCUGUUCCAGCAGCUGUCUCAGGUCUACGAGACGGUUGAUCUGAGCUUUGUCGAGGACCUUGCCCAAUUCCCCGAGUCCUACCAGGUCACUCGCGGCACCAUUGAGAAGUUCAUCAUGAAUGGCAACAAGAAGGGUGAUCUCGCCAUUCGCAUGGACCACGGCACCGGUGUCCUCAGCUUCGACAACGAUGUAUUCUCGUCGGCCAAGGCCGGACAGAGCGGCUCCGGGGCUGGUUCCGCCGAAUCCGAGACGGGUACCGUUCAGCGCCUGCAGAGCACCCCCUCGGAGAUUGUUCGAUCGCAGCUCACGCGUCUAGUCCGGUCUCUGUACACGACUUGCCACUACAUUGAUCCCAGCUUCAACAAGGAACGCCUGGCCGCCCGCAACGCAGCGCUGGCUCGCGCAAAGGCUGGAGCCGAGAAGGAACACCUCGAGAUCCUGGCACGCAAGGAAGUCAUUCAGAAACGCAAGGAAGAGGCGUCCGAGAUCCAGGCCAAGCGGGACAGGGAGAACGCCCGUCAGAAGCGGCUCCGAGAGCAGGCCCUGCAGGAGGCCGAGGACAAGCGACUGGCGGCGGAGCAAAAGGAGCGCGAGGCCAAGCGCCUGAAGGCGGAGCGCGACCGCGUCCGCAAGGACGAACUCAAGAAGCAGAUUGCCGAUCUCAAGAUGAGUGACAAGGCUCUUGACAUUGACCUAGAUGACCUGGACAACCUGGAUGCAAACCGCCUUCGUGCCAUGAAGCUCGCUCAGCUGGAGCGCGAGAAGAACGACGUCAACGAGAAGCUCCGCGUCACCGGCAAGCGCAUCGACCACUUGGAGCGAGCUCUCCGAAAGGAAGAGUCAAAGAAGAUGAGCGAGGACUACGCGAAGCAGGUGGAGCAGGAUCGUGCAAUCUAUGAAAGCCUCAAGGUCAAGACGCUCAAGGAGGCCGAAGAGAAGCACAAGGAGAGCGUCGAGCUCAAGCAUCGACUCAGCCGCCUGGUUCCUCUGUACGAAGACUUUAGGCGCUCGCUGCACGAGCGACGCCGCGACGAGUUUGAGAAGCGCCGCAAGGAUGCGGAGCGCGAACUGGAGAAGCAGAUCGCCACUCGCAAGAAGGAGUUCCGUGACCGGAAACUGAGGGAGAAGCGAGAGCAGGAAGAGAGGGAGCGUCAGCUCCGCGAGGCCGAAGAGCGCGCAGCCCGCGAGAAGGAGGAGCAGCGCCUGCGCGAGGAAGCCAAAAAGGCGGAGCUCGCCAAGUUGAAGGAACAGCGGGAGAAGGAGCGACAGGAGAUGCUGGAGAAGGCGGCACUGCAACAGCGGCGCGAGGAAGAGGCGCUGGCGCGUCGGAAGGCUGAGAAGGAGAAGGGAUCGGUGGCCGAGGGCCCCACGCCGUAUCGGGCUGGACCGCCGAUGGAGCGAACGGAGUCCAACGACCGCCCGUCGGGCCCUCCACGCCUGCAGCUGUCGGGCAACAAGCCGAGCUGGCGAGAGCGCGAGGCGGCCAAGGCUGUUGGGGGCGGUGGCGGAGGUGCGGACAGUGGACCACCGGCGCCAGCGGCCAGCAGGGGAUUUGGAUCAAGGGGCGAGGACAUGGACCGCGGCGGGUCGGGCCGUGGGGAGAAUGGGCGAACGGAAUCUCCAGCCCCGGCGCCGGAGCCUCUGCAGUCGUCACGCGCUCCCGGCAAGUGGGUUCCUCCUCACCUGAGAAACAAGGCGUGA